AUGUCACUGUGGCGGCAAUUACGUCGAAUUAUCAGGACGAGUCAAUGCCGACAACAAAUGCUUCUGCCUCGUUCGCCCCUCCUCCCCCCCACCCCUCGUUUCUCCGCGCGAGCGAUUAAUUAAAUAGAAAUUAUCCGAGCGUGCUCAACCCGAGACCUAGUUAUCGCGAGGACAGUGACACUUCGUGACUGCGCCCUCGAGAGACGAGAGCGCACGUAUUCAAGGUAAAAAGAGGCCUGAUGGCGAACAUGAAGAGGAUUUUUUGCUUUGCGCUCAUCUUGAUUCGGCGCGAAUCGCGCGGAGCGGUCGCGUAUGCGCGGCAAGUGAGAUCGCCAAACACGACUAAUUAACUGAUAUCAUCCCCUCUUUGAGGAUUGUGAAGUCGCAUUUAUUCGUUUCUAAAGUCACGCAGAGCCAAGAAAAUCGAAUGCUGCUUCGUGAAUAUUAACGCAUGUACAAUGCACGAGUAAACACUGAAAAAUAUUUUUCGCGGAAUGAAUUCCGCACUGAAAAAUAUUUUUCGCAGAAUGAAUUUCGCACUGAAAAAAUAUUUCUCGCAAAAUGAAUUUUGUACUGAAAAGUAUUUUCGCAAAAGUUCCACUUUCUCGUCAGUAGCGUGCGAGACAAAAGAUCCCACGUUCUCACAAUUUCCACAUUUGGCGUGAUCGCUGAAAUGGUCAAAUUCGCGCGAUCGCUACUUCGUCUCGCGAACCGCCGUCGAGACUAUUUACGGUACACGCCUACUCGUAAUAAGAUAGACCGCGAUGUCGAAUUCUGAUUUGAAAGUUGGUUCGAUCGAAUUGAGUCAUCUUUCCAAGUAGUCAUAGAAACGCGACGCGCCUCGUUACGACGUUAGAUUAGCCGAAGGCCGAGGGUGGUGCGUGAUUGUCGCUUCGUUGCGAGUCGCAGCUCGUUCAUGACAGUCCACUCGGCAGUCGGCGCGAUCCUCGCGAGACCGGUAGCGUCUUCGGCGAAGACUAAUGGAUCGAAGGUACCAGAAGGUCGGUCUGGGGGUGGGGGCGAUUCACAACCCCCCGAGAGCGAAGUACAGCGACGACACGCGGAAGCUAAUUAAACUGUUGAUGGAGGAGUCUAAGUUAACAAUGUUGCAAAAGAAAACGAUCCAGGAGGCCGUGGACAAAGGCGAGUCUCUACCGCCGUCCAUCGAUCGUAGAAAGACCAAGGCCGGUGACGACAUAACGACCGAACACAGUCGUGUAAAUAUCGUGACGCCGCAGAGAAGCGCGGUGAGGAGAACAAAGAACAAAGUGACAGUAUGGCUUUCCCGACAGGUUAAAGCGCCGAACGCCUGGAGAAGACGCUCGCAGGACGCGAUCGUCAGCAGCGGCGCUUACGAGAGGGAGCAGUACCGGAGGACAGCGCCCUUACCCAACAAGGACAAGCAGAAGCGCCACUUUGCCUGUAUGAUGGCUUUCGGCAAGGAUAUGCCGGAGACUCCUCACGGUCCCAAGAUCCUUCAUCGGGCCAGACGGGAGGUACAGAUGAUGCCCGAGAACGUGGAUCCGCUGGAUGAGCUGAUGGCAGCGAUCCGAGAGAGAGUGGAGUUCUUGAAGGACAUGGAGGGCCUCGGGAUGGAGAAACAGUACCGGCCGAUAAUACAGCAGGAGAUAGCGCAGAAGAUACGGCUGAUCGAGAAGAUGAGCAAGCUGAUGCCCGAGGAGACGCGGCAGAAGAUGGCGGAAUUCAAGUACGAGAGACCGCCGCCGAAGCCAUUCCCCAUGGGGGACCUGGACGAUUGAUCUCCGCGGUGUCGACCCGGAGGGUUGAUCAUUUUCAGCGGCAGUGUUGUAGAAUAGGCGCGGCUUCUUCAUCUUCAGCCGUUCGACAAGCCGCGAGUGAAUAUUUCAACGACGGGGACGCAAAUCGCAGCCCGAGUGUGCCAGAUAAAACAAACAUGACACCUCCUAGAAACGUGAAACGUCUCGCUCCUUCUCUCCUGUCAUUUCCCAAAUUAGAGAGGAAUCUGUCUACGUGCAAUAUUCAUCUCUUCAUGUUUGUACACGCAGUUUGUACGGGGCACAAAUAAACGCAAACUCUCGA